AUGGACAGUAAUGUAGUUCGAGUUGAUUUGAAUCAGGUUGAUGCGGUUUCUGAGACGCUACCAACUAUAGCUUUUCUGUUGCUUGCAGUGGCGGCGCUGUGUAAUGAUUUGGUCCUAUCGUUCAUCCACGAACGAGUACCUCAGCAGCCUGCUUUGCCAGAUAUUUUGUUUGCAGUAAUGCCUUACCUUCCAUGGGGGCUUAGCAUUUCCGAGUAUCUUAUGUUAUCGUCUGUUGCAAUGAUGUUUAUAAUUGCUUUUUUUCAUAGAUAUCGGUGGAUUGUUUUAAGGCGAAUUGCGUUUCUUGGUUCUCUUUUAUAUUUUGGUCGUUGCGUUACAAUGAUUGUUACUCAAGUUCCUGUUGCUGAUGUGAACUAUCCCUGCGCUCCACGUUUGGGUGCAAAUCACACUGUUUGGGACAUUAUUUGGCGAGGUUUACGUGUUGCUGGUAGUUUAGGUUUAAAUAUUAAUGGGAAAAUUAUCUUAUGCGGAGAUUACAUUUACAGCGGACAUACUGUUGUGGUUGCCCUUCUGCAUUUCUUAUCCAUCCUUGUUUCACUAAGUGGAGCCAUAUUUUUGAUUCUUUCAAGAGGCCAUUACACUGUUGAUGUGGUUCUUUCCUACUGGAUCACUACUAGAGCCUUCUGGAUUUACCAUACACUUGUUUCCUACUCAGCUCUGAAGGCUUGCUGGUACAGGGUAUUUCGUUUUAUGGAAGGAAAUAUUCAUAAGCCAGUCCCUAGAAAGUAUGUAGAUCAUACUCCGUUUAUCUGUUAA